UCUCUGCCGUUCCACUCGAAGGCUGCCUGGAUUUGUGCCGUUGAGGGUUUCGCUUCCUCCUCCUCCUUUCAUAUCUUUUAUGAUCUUUGUGUAUAUCCGUCCUGUAUCUCUCCCAUUAUCGCCUCUCCUUUACGACUCGGCCUGACGUUACCCUUCGAAAAGUUUUCUUUGUUCAAGCAUAAGCCUGCGGACGUCGAUUUACCUUGCACAACUAUCCCUAAGAUAUAAGGACAAGUGAUACAAGUGAAGUCACUAGCAUUCAAGAUCACAGCCGGGUUUCGGGGCGGUUCAACGGCCUCCGGUCUUUAAAUGCUUCGUUGCAGCAAUGCUGGUGCUCUUCGGACGGGCGUGAACUGUAGUCCGUUCAAGAGAAUACCCGUAGGUACAAAAUGGUUCAGUGGCAUUCCAGGAAAGGCUAGAUAUACCUCACUUUCACGUGCGACAUCGCGAGUAUUAGCACCUGGGCACAUUGGUGCCUGGCCCUUAUCUGCCGGCGCAAAGGGAUACUCUACAAGUUCUGAUAUUUCGAAGCCCACCCCUGUGAGCAAAAGGCUGGCACGAAAUAUAUUCCUGGACCGUGAAUCUUCGAAGAAACCUGAACGUACCACUACGAAUGAUAUUCUGCUAGCAAUCGCGAAGGCAGGGACUUCGCCAAAGGCCCGGGAUGAGUUGCGGGAGACCACGUCUGUCACGGUCUCUGGGAAAGUCGUUGAAAUGGAGUUAAAAUGGUUGCAGGACCCUCGCGCGCUGUCUGAUCGAGUCGCAAGGCUUCUGCAGGGAAAUGACGUGGUAUUGGCUGUGGCGUUGGUCCGGGCGGCGCAGAAGGAGGGUAUGGAGUGUACCGUGGCCUGGAACCAUCUGAUGGAAUACUCCCUGAGCAACAAUAGCCCGCUGGCGGCUUUAAAGUUCUACAAUGAGAUGAAAAAGCGAGGCCGCAUGCCUAAUUCGCUGACGUAUACUAUCAUGUUGGAUGGCCUUGCCAAAGUAACGAAGGAUGCCAGCAAGGAUGCCCGCAUCAACCCUGUGUGGGCCGCGUUAUCUAUAUACAAGUCUAUCUCUGCGCCCAACUCAAUUGUGAAGCUAAACAUUAUUCACACCAAUGCGAUGCUCAAUGUAUGUGCACGGCAUCUUAGCAUGUUGACGUUAUGGCAGAUUGCUGGUGAGCUCCCUGAAAGCGGAGAAGGCUCCCCGGAUUGCACAACGUAUAGUAUCAUUUUGAGAGCUAUUGCAGACUCAGCCCAGCGGGAUGUGUCACGGUUGAAAUCCUCUAAGGUGGAGGAAAUCCUUGCAAGGAAAGCUAAAGCUGUCAAAGAGGGCAAGCGAAUAUGGUCUGACGUUGUUUUUCGAUGGAAGAAGGGGCAACUCGAGCUGGACAACCUGCUCGUAAAUUCGAUGGCCAAUCUUCUCUUGGAAGGAGCUACCGAUCGGGAUUGUUACGAUGUGUUCGCAUUGAUAAAUCAAGCUACUGGAAUCCCAAUUCUUGCUAAAGAACCUCCAUCGGAUUCCCACGGUCAGCGGCCUUCCUCGAAACUGCGAAAGAAAAACCAAGAAAGCGAUAUAGUGGACGAUGUGCCGUUUGUCGAUGAUAGCAAUAUGUUAUUUCGACCAUCGGAAGCUGAAUCUGAAGAGCGUGAAGAACAAGAGGGCCAAGGCGUAGAAGGGGGGGAAGAGGAAGAAACAUUUGAAACUCUCUUUGACCCUGUCAUUCGCCCGGGAUCUACGCCUGCGCCAACGCAAGGCAGGCCUAGUAGCGGAGCGUCAACUCCCUCCUAUAUUUCUGUGGGGAAUAGGGAACUCGCGAUAAUUUUAGAGUCUUGCUUAUCCAUGACUCAAGGAGUCACAGCUGGAAAGGCCUACUGGCAACACCUUACGCAGGAAAACACCAAUUAUAAACUUGAGCCCGAUAGUGGUACAUAUCACCAAUACCUUCGACUUCUUCGGAUUGGCCAUUCUAGCCGUCUUGCUCUGGAGCUCAUACGCGACCAGAUGGUGCCUACUCAAAUGACUGAGGGACGAUCUUUCCGCAUCGCGCUCGCAUGUUGUCUCCGUGAUCGCAAGAAUCCUAACGUCUUCAGCAAUGCCAAUGGCCUCAUUCACCUCAUGGAGACGUCACUCGUGCUUCCUCAUCCUCAAGCAUUGGACGCCUACCUUUAUUUGAUCCGUAUCUUAGGCGAAAACCCCCAGCUUCUCAUAUCGUUGAACGGUAUUGACGGGAGCAAUUUAAGACCAACUGGCCUCAGCACCAUCGGCCAGAAGUUGCGAGUAAGCUUACAAGCUGCCGCCCUUGAAGUUGUACGUCCCUCUAUCGUCAAACUCGCCGAAGCUAUGGAGCAUGGGCGAGUAUCUCCAGCUCCAGUCAAACGUCGCCGCAACGACAUUUCUACCCGACAUACGGUUUUAGGAGAAGAAUCUCUCAAGGUAUUGGUCACGGUGCGAGGUCUGAUCGACGAAGUCUUGAAGACAGAGAAUUCUAGGCUGCUUUCUAAGCUGAUUUCUAAAGAAACCCGCACUCAGCUCAAGAAAGACUCACAGGACUUGAGGAAAUGGUCACGGGCUGAGAUGGUUGAUAAAUACGAUUCUACUCUGGUUGCGCCGACUUCGCAACAAGUUCUGGCACUCGAAGAUCAGCAAGUCGUCAAGGAUUCCUUGGAUAUUGGCAGAGCUUCGUAAGAAUAACAGGAACUCGUGCAGUCUGCACAUGUCAUCUUAUGACCUGUUUGAUGGUUGAUCUAACCUCAAUACUUGCAUAUAUCGGCGUUAGUAUAUAGUCUUAAGUGUACACUAUCAUGAUGGGCGAUGAGGUUGUUUGUAUGUACAAAUAUCGGCUGUGUUCG